AUGCAGGCCGCGGCGCUGGGGGGACGGUGUGACCAGUCCUGGGAUGGCGAGGGGCCCAGGCCAUUGGGGGCGCCCCCCGUCCCCGCCCUCGCGCUGGGUCCCGCCGAGGCCCGGCCGGCGCAGGACGCAGCGGCGCCGAGCGGCCGCCAGGGGGCGCGCGCCGCCCGGAUCCCGCGCGGGCCUCCGCACCCCGAAGGCUGCACGCGCGGCGUGGGCGCCCCGGCUGUGACCCGUGGACUGAACUCAGGUCGCCGUCGGUUUUCAGGUGACACGGCCACGGCCAGCGCCCCCGAGCCCGUCCCCGCCCCUGGCCUGGGCCUCCCGGGCCGAGGCCCGAGCCGGGCGGUGGGCGCCCCGAGAAGAGGCUUUGCCGAAGGAGUAGGAGCUCUCCGGACACAGCCGCCCCGCCCGCGUCGCCCCGUCUCCGCAGACGAACCCCGCUCUCCGGGACCUGCCCAAGCUUGUCCGCCCGCCCCCCUCCCGGCCCUCCCCCAGAGUGCGGGACUCCCCGCCCCGGGCACCGGGCGGCGGGCGGGGCGGGCAAAGUCCGGCCGCUAUAAAGGCGGGGCGGGCCGGCGGGUACCGAAGCCGGGAGCCCGAGCCCGCGCCCCGCCGCCCGCCAUGCCCGCGCGCCCCGCACCCCCCGCCGCCCCGCCGCUGCUCGCGCUGCUCGCGCUCCUGGCGCUCGCGUGGCCGCCGCCCGGGGCCGCCCGGCCGCCCGCAGCCCGUGCGCGGGACCUGCGGAGGCGCCACCAGGACCCGGUGCGGACCCGCCAGGACGGGGACGCGCAGGCCGCCCGGACGCCCGCCCCGGAACUGCGGCUCGGGUCCCACGGUCACCUGCGGCCGCGCAUCCCCCCGGCGCCUCUGACCCGCGGCCUCCCCGCAGCCUACGGUGCGCACCGGGCGCUGGUCCGCUCCUCCCCGACGGCGCCCGAAGCGAGGGACGCGAGGAGACCUCCGCAGCGCGAGCCCGGCCUCCGAGGGCCCCGGGGCGCCGCGCCGCGCCCGCGCCCGUCGGGUCCCGCCGCGCCCCCCGCGCCCCCCGCGCAGCCGCACCUGCGGGCGGGCGCCGCCAGGGGCCGCCGCAGCGCGCACGCGCACCGGCGCGACGACUGCCCGCUGGGCGCGGGGCGCUGCUGCCGGCUGCACGCGGUGCGCGCGGCGCCCGAGGACCUGGGCUGGGCCGACUGGCUGCUGUCGCCGCCGGAGCUGCAGCUGCGCGUGUGCGCGGGCGCGUGUCCCGCGCGGUACCGGCCCGCCGGCGCGCACGCGCAGGCCAAGGCGCGCCUGCACCGCCUGCGGCCCGACGCCGUGCCCGCGCCCUGCUGCGUCCCCGCCGACUACGAGCCGGUGGUCCUCGCUCUCCGCGCCGAGGACGGCGGCGUGGCGCUCAGGACCUUCCACGACCUCGUCCCCAGGAGCUGCCACUGCGCAUGAGCGGCCCGCGCCUGCGCGCCGACCUCUGCCCCCCGCCCCGCGCACGCGCGCCUCUCCGUGUGUGCACAUCUCCCGUGCGCACACCUGCGUGCUCGCCCACAUGCGUCUAUGCGAACACGCGUGUGCAAACCACGCGCACCCAUGCGGGCCUAGGGCCACGCGGAUUUUUGUCUAUUUAUUACUAAUUUAUUAGUGUCCACGCAGGACGUCUAUUUAUUUCUAUUCUUGUAAUAAAGUUGAAGCUAAACAGA